CGAUAUCCUCUCUCAACAGAUCUUGGCCUUGUGCUGGAGCCAUUAUUGCAAAUGUGUAGUUCCACCUUCCCUGUCAGCUAAGUCUUCACUCCAAAAGUUCCUGCCUGCCCGGUUUCGCGUUCUGUCAUCCACAUUCAUCAAGCGCUUCACUAGGAGCAUGAGCAUAACAUGAUGGAAGACUCAUCAGCAGGCUCAACGCGGAGAGAGACCAAAUCGUCCACAGAGCAAACAAAGGAGGAAAAUUCAAUCACCUUCCUAGAUGGGCUGCGGAUUCUCGCCGGCCUGCUCGUCCUCAACUGCUUGCUAAGCUACUUUAUCACUGGUGAUAGCUUCCUAUGGAACUACACACCCUGGUGGUCGCGACCAAAUGCUUUGGCGGCAAAACUUAGGUCUCCUGUCAUCCUCUCCGAAGCACAACUUCUAGCCUACGAUGGCUCCGACGAAUCGCUCCCGAUCUACCUUGCCGUCAACGGCACCCUCUACGAUGUGACCGGAGGUUCCGGACGCAGGAUCUAUGGUCCUGGCGGACCGUACCACGUUUUUGCAGGCCGCGAUGCUGCUCGUGCGUAUAUCACAGGCUGCUUCAAGGAUGACAGCGUACCAGACUAUCGUGGCGCUGAAUGGACAUUUAUUCCAACCGACGUUCCGCGGUUUGAUGAAACAGGAGAUGAGGAGUUGUCUGAUCAGAUGAGAGAAUACCGAUAUGAAAUGGUUGGGAAGGCGCUGGAAGAGACGGAGAAAGCGAUGCAGCAUUGGCAGAAAGUUUUUAGAGGGGACACGGGAAAGGAUUACUUUGAGAUUGGCAAAAUCAGUAGGAAUUGGGAUGAUAUUGCUGCGAAGCCUAUGAUUCCGCUGUGCGAGUCGGCGGAGAAGAAGAGGCCAAAGUCGCAGCUGGAUAAAGAGAGAACGCAAGCUGAGAAGGACAAGAAGAGGCAGUGGGUAAGAAGGGGCAGGAAAUAUAAGAAGCAGUAUUUGGACACAGUGAAGGCAGCGCAGAAAGAGAAAAGUGUUGGUGAUAAGGAACGUGAAGAGCUGUGA